UCCUAAUGAGCUCUCAGAGAUGGAUGUAUCACAGUUUGGUUACGGCAGGGUAUAAUGUUAAAGCCACGCGAUCCGUAACAGUUGUUGAGCAGGCAGCAGCCGGCAGUAUCAGCGGGGUAGCACCAGCUCCAGAUAAAAGGCAGCAGCGCGGAGGGAAGAGAGGGAGGAGAGAGAGAGAGAGUGAUGAGUGAGCCGUAUGAGGAGCUGCUGGGGAGAGAGGGAGUAGAGACACAGAGUAGGAGCCGGUGAGGGCGAGACACUGAAGCACAUCUGACCAGGCUCUUGUCUUUUUUUCUUUUUCCGUGUCCCACCUGGGCAGCUCCCUUCAGGACCCCAUGAUCACAGGGCAGCUGAGCAAGCCGCUGCUCUCCUGCGGCAGCGACAUGAGCGCGGCAGAACUCCGGGACAAAGCAGCCAGCCCCGACAGCGACCUGAACGACGAGCCCUUACUGCUGGCCUCUGAAGCCCCGGAGCGAGAGGGCACCCCCAGCAAACUGUACGGGGCCCGGGACGGAUCAGUGCAGUCCGACGCCAGCAGCAGUCCCUCUGAGCAGAGCCACCUGGGCCAGUCCCACCCUGCUUACCCCAUGGGACCACAGUCACUCCUGAUGGCACAGCAGUUGGCCAGCGCAGUAGGUGGUGUAAUGUCCGGGGCGGCUCCAGGCUUGAAUCAGCCCAUCCUCAUCCCGUUCAGCGCAGGCGGGCACCUGGGCAGUCAGCAGGGCUUGGUCCUGUCUCUGCCUACAGCCAACAUCCAGAGCCUGGUGGCUGCGGCCGCCGCAGGGGGCAUCAUGAGCCUGCCUCUCCAAAACCUGCAAGCUACCUCAUCACUCAACUCCCAGCUCCAGCACCUCCAGCAGCUCCAGCAGAUGCAGCAGCAGCAGCACCAACAGAGCCACAGCCACAACCAGCUGCCCCAACACCACAUGACCCCACCCAGCCAGCAGACCUCCGUCCCCUCCCCGGGCUCCACGUGCUCCUCCACCGGACAGCCACAGCAAUCUCCCCCACACCGGCCAAACCAGUCCCCCGCCCGCAGCCUGCCAUCACCUGUCACCCCACCCAUGCCUUUGCCGCAGCUCAACCCUCUGGCCAGUCAGGCGGCGAUGGCAGCGGCUGCAGCCAUGGGCUCCAUGGGCAACAUGGGCUCCCAGGUGUUUGGGAACACCCUGUCAAACCUACAAGGAGCCACGGGACAGCUUGUGACCAAUGCACAAGGACAGAUAAUUGGAACAAUCCCACUGAUUCCCAACUCUGCAGGGCCCUCCAGCCAAUCAGGGGGUGGCAACCCAGCACUGCAGGUUCAGCCAAUUACACCUCAGCUUCUGACCAAUGCUCAAGGCCAGAUCAUCGCCACGGUGAUCGGCAAUCAGAUCCUGCCUGUCAUCAACACCCAGGGAAUCACGCUGUCACCAAUCAAGCCUGGACAGCAGUUGCCCCAGGCUCCACAGGGUCAGCCGGGCCCCGUGACGUCGCAGCCCAGCCUGAUGCACAUGCACAGACAGAGCCCCCUCCACCAGGCCUCGUCCUCUUCCUCCACCUCCUCCUCCGCCUCCUCAGCUCUCAGCGUGGGACAGCUGGUCAGCAACCCGCAGACUGCCCCCAGCGAGGUGGACGGGGUCAACCUGGAGGAGAUACGAGAGUUCGCCAAAGCAUUCAAGAUCCGCCGCCUGUCGCUAGGCCUGACGCAGACACAGGUGGGCCAGGCUCUGAGCGCCGCAGAGGGGCCCGCAUACAGCCAGUCCGCCAUAUGCAGACACACCAUCCUGAGAAGCCACUUUUUCCUACCACAGGAAGCCCAAGAGAACACUAUAGGUAACAGUCUGACAGGCAAACUGAACCCUGGCCUUUUAUAUCCUGCCAGGUUUGAGAAGUUGGACAUCACCCCUAAAAGCGCCCAGAAGAUAAAGCCCGUUCUGGAGCGCUGGAUGGCGGAGGCCGAAGCGCGCCACCGCUCCGGGAUGCAGAACCUGACAGAGUUUAUCGGCAGCGAACCCUCCAAAAAACGCAAGCGGAGGACCUCGUUCACCCCGCAGGCUUUGGAGAUCCUCAACAGCCACUUUGAGAAGAACACGCAUCCGUCCGGUCAGGAAAUGACCGAGAUUGCUGAGAAACUGAACUAUGACCGUGAGGUGGUGCGAGUGUGGUUUUGCAACAAGAGGCAAGCUUUAAAAAACACAAUAAAGCGUUUAAAACAGCCUGAGCUGGGUCCGGCCGCACCCAUGGACACACUCACCGAUUCACUAGAGGAUCUCCCAAAGUGAACGGCCAUUACAACCACAACACGCCGUGGGAUGGACUCUUUCUGAAGGACUGUCAAAGAAAAACUUAAUGUUGUCAGUGUGAUUACCACAGUUAUGUAAAUGACCUUGGCGAAACCAAAAAAGAGAUUACUAUGUGAGAAUAUGUACAAAUCCACCUGUGCUGUUGCCUGGACCAGACUAUUGCCCAAAUUUUGGUUCCCACCAGAAGGGAUUUAGUAAAGAGAUCAUACCAAAUCAAAACACUAUUUACCAAAGUCUGUUGCAUCUAAGAAUAAUUUUGUAAUGUAAAUGUGCUCUAAAUUUUUACAUUUGUACUGGCAAACUCUAAGCUAUAUGUGUGAGGUUGAAUAUACAUUUUAUCUUUGUCUUGCUUACUUUUUUCUUCAUUGUUUGUAUGUAAAUAUUGAAAAAAAAAAUGAAAAAUCAGUCACACCAAUGAACUACUUUUUGGACGAGAAUACCUUUGCUGUUGAACAAUUGCAUAAUAUUGUUGUUUGACUUUUGGUUUCAUCUGCGGACACGUUUGAUUUACAUUUCUACAGGUAUUUGUGGAUAAUGGGAUGAGAUUGUUGGAAGAAGAGGAGGAAGAGGAGGAGGAGUGUCUGUCAAGUCUCCUGCAGCUUGGAUCUGAGCUACUGUGUCAUUCUGUUGCCAAAGCUUGAUAGCCAAAGAACACAUUCACUUCUGCUCAAAGACUGGCAAAUAUUUUACUGUUUUGUCUUUUUGUACACAUUUAUUUGAGAUUUCUUCAGACAUCUCUCACUCUGUGGGUCAACUAAAAAACUUUUGUUGAGAGACAAAUAUUUCUAUUUAAGAAAGAACCACAAAAAUACAUCAUAAGGUAGGCAAAAAACUGUACAACUGCCACAGAAAACGAUAGUUUAUUUUUAAUUACUGCUUGAUGGCA